GGUUCUCUCUCUCUUUCUUUCCCCCUAGUCGACGCUCGGUCCGUCAGUCGUAGCCCGACCGCGUAGGGAGUUGUAUCGCGCGUUGCAGCACUCAAUCCACGCCACGUUGUGUUGUCGUUUCGUCUGUGGCUCAGACAGAGACCAGUUUGUGUUUUAGUUGUUUACGGCCAAGGCCGAGAGUCGUAUAUAGAGCCGCGUGGCUCGCAAAAACGUUGUUCGGAUAAGUUUAGAGCGUACGCGGUGUUCUUUUGUGUGUUUACCUUUGGAUUAUCCCAAGGAGAAUGUGCUAGGACGAUAUUUUUGGUUCGGUGUGUGUGUUUGUUUCGGAAUUAUUGCGAGAAUGAUCAUGUAAUUAGAUAUUUAUUGCUGGGCGGAAAAUAUCGAAGUGUUUACAAUAACCUAGAAGAACCGCUGCAGUCGUUCUUCACCGCCCUUUUUUGCAGUAGCCUAGCCAGCACUCUCCAGCCAUCCUAUUCUGCUCCGGUCACUCAGCGCUCCAGUCAGCGCACCACCCCUUCAAACUGGCAGCCAGCGCCCUAGCCUCCAUGAAUCCGCACUACCAUCCUUACGGGGGUCCGGGGGAGCUAACAUCACCGCAUCCCCCGUCCCCCGAUAAUAACAACUACCAUGGCCACACGGGCGGACCUCCAGGACCACACAGGGGUGCAAUGCAUCCGGCUAAUGGUCAUACCAUUGGCUCAAUCGGAUUAAACGGACCACACGACUCAGUACCCCACAACCACCACCAGCACCCGGCCUACACCAACAGCGGCACGCCCACCCCGGACGGGCCCCACCACCAGCAACAGCACAGCAACAACUCCAGCAUAGCGAACAACAACAACAACAAUAACGGCACAGUGAAAGUUUGCGCGGGGUGCGGGGGUAAAAUUGUCGAACGGUUUCUGUUGCACGCCCUCGAUCGCUACUGGCACAACGGUUGUUUAAAGUGUUCGUGUUGUGGCGCCAUGCUGGCCGACAUUGGCACGUCGUGUUUCACCAAAGGAGGCAUGAUCUUGUGCAAACAGGACUAUAUGAGGUCCCGCAGGUUGUUCGGCAGCUCGGGAGCCUGCUCGGCGUGCGGCCAGACCAUUCCCGCCAGUGAGUUCGUGAUGCGCAGCGGCGGCGGCGGCAACAAUCCCUCGGCGCCGGGCGCGCCGCUCCACGUGUUCCACCUCAAGUGUUUCAUGUGCAGCAAGUGUCUGGCGCCGCUCGUACCCGGAGAUAGGUACUACAUGCUCGCGGGGAGCCUCGUCUGCGAGCAGGACUGGCACAAAUUGCUCAAGAGUUCGGCGGCGGCGGCCCCCACGGUGCGAAAGGGCAAAGUGGGCCGGCCGCGCAGGAGUAGAGACUGAAUAAUGGAUACCAACAUCGAUGCAGUUGUACCGUGGUAUACCGGGCUCAGUCAGGACGUGCAAUAAACGAGAAGCAUUUCCACCGAUUGGCAUUUUUGGUUCGGUCUUCCCAGCAUAUCGAUUUCAUUUUAGCAAUGAACAUUUAACGGUUUUUGUUUUUCUUGCCCGCAUCCGUCGAGAGAUCGGACUUAUUUCUUGUACAGGGUGUCCGCUAUUGUAUGGAUCAAACGUUAGAAGCAUAUUGUAUAGCUAAGAAUAUGAAAAUACCAUUAUUGAGAGGUUGGAUUAUUUUCCGUUAAUAAAAAAGGUGAAUUAAUAAAUUUGUACUUUUAUACAGGGUGAGUCUUAAAUAAGUGCAAAUAUUUUUAGGGGUAGUAUAUUUCCAAACCAAACCAAACACGAUUAUGAGGUAUUUUUCGCAAAAAAAAAUUAGUAAAAAACAUAGUAUCUUGAUAAUACGGCAACAUAGGUAGUAGAUUUAAUUUACAAGAAAGAAAACCCAGAAAGGUUCCAGUUUGGUUCUCCAAAUUUAAGCGAAAAAUCAACUUUUUUGGAAAUUUUUAAAGUAAAAAUCUCGGUUAUUUUGGACUUAUUUGAAAAACAGUAAAGCUAAAAUAUGUUUCUUUUAUCGAGAUCUACCAGCCCUGAAAAUAUUUGCACUUAUUUAGGACUUGUCCUGUAUAUUUGAAUGACUUAAUUGAGAAACGCGACAAGUCCACAUAUGUUUCAAAUUGAUAUUUUGGUUUAAAAAUGCUAUUAAAAGCAUAACUUUAGAUUAAAAAUCCAACAUUUCCAAACAUUUCUUUUUGAUUACCUAUUGUAGGAAUCAAAAUGUCACAUUUAUUUAUUUUUGUUUGUUAUCUUAAAAUCAUUUGUUUGGACUUGUUGGCUUUCCCAGUUAACCGAUUAAUUUGUAUUUACGUCAAAAUAUUUAGGUAAAUCAUCCAACAAGGCAAUAAAAUACAGUAUGGUUGGUACUGAAAUUGUUUUUAAACUCUCAAGUCAAAGUCUUUAUCAUUAUCAAACUAUUUAAUCUUACAGUAUCAUCAGUGUGAUCAAUUUCACAAAUACAAUAUGCGGGUGAAGUUUUCUUUACUUGAAAUGACUUUAAAAAACAACAACAAAUCAUCCAGUGUAUAGAAGCCUCCCCAAACACAAAAUCAUAAAAAUUUCUCUGCGGAAAUGCAUUAUUCUUUUUCUGACUUUAGAAUAACUGACAUCAGUUACAUGAAAACGUGUUCCUACCUUACAUUCUAAACACAUGUGUAGGUAUGAACUUAACGUAGUAGAUACUGUAAUUUAGACAUCAGUACCGUACCGAGAAAAAACGAAAAUAAACAAAAAUGAACCAACAAACCAAACCAAAACAAAACAACCCUAAACAAAGCAAUCAAAACCCGCUGUAAGCAAAAACUUGUCUGUUUACAAAUUCCAAUUGCCUAGUACUUUUCAAAUCUUGCUAUAUUUUACAAUAUUUUAUCAAUAAAUGAAAAUGGUACACUUCCUCAAGAAGUUUUUUGCGAGUCAAUGUUUAGAAAAAUUUCUAGAUUGAAAAGCAGAAACGUGUUUGUAACUGGUUUUAGGUAUUGUAAAGUUGAAAAACUGAAAAUUAUGCAUUCCCGCAGAAAAAUUUUUGUGACAUACUAUUUAAAAAGGCUUCCAAAUACUAAAUAAACAAAUAUUUCUUACAUAACUGACUCCAAGUAGACGAAAGUAACUAAAAAAAAACGAUUUCAGCUAUUUCGUAGCAAAAAAAAACAGAUUUCAACUAUUUUUGUAGCAGAAACGAUUUCAGCUAUUCUAAACCCUCAAAGCCUUUCUCAUAAAACUAUUUAAUAUUACGGUAUCAUCUCUGAUAUCAAUUUCACCAAUACAAUAUGCUACUAAAGUAUGAUCCGAACCUGAGUCACUCUGUAGUGUUUAAAAGCAGAAACGCUCUUUCUCGAAGCGAAUCGAAAGAUUUUGAACGAAUCAUGAUGGUAAACAGUUUAUACUUAUUAUUAUUCAAAAUCGAUCGGUUUGUUUCCCAAUCUCGAACCCUCUUAUUGCAACAAGUAUUCUUAAUUCUUUUUUUUUCUUGCCGUGUUGACGCUCCUUACGUCGACGGGGCGAAUCUGUAAAUAUUGACGGUGAUCCUGUAAAAAAUGAGAGAGAGAUUGUUGUGAGAGAAACUGUAAAGUGAUUCGACAUUUAACAAUCCCGAAUUUUUAUUUGGUAUGUUGUUGUUAUUUUUGUAAAUAAUAAAGUAUUGUUAAUUCAGUAA